GAUGAAAUGCCCAAAGAUCACAUCUAGUUUAGGAUGCUUCGCCCUAUCUCUCCGUUUCUUGGAGAAUUUCAACAAAAUAUGCAAGCUUUACAUUAAAAGGCUACUUUUCGCUGCCCUUAAUUCCAGCCUAAACGGUUUUUCUCUGGGAGAAGAAAUCUUUUCUAAAAACCUUGAAGAAGAGAAGGGCAUUAUUGUUUUAAUCCUCUUACCACCCGUCAUUUUAAGACAGUUUUUUAGAGGCUGAAAUGGCGUCUUGUCUCCCCAAUCCUAACCUAAAUCCCUCUGGGCCGGGAGAGAUUCUAAAGGCAGCAGCCUAGCAUCUAUUAGUGAUCUCACCCAAGUCUUUCCAGAACCGUCUCACCAUCAAAUGGCGCGACAAAGUCCAAAAGCAAAUACAAUUAAGUCAAGUGUUAUGAAACUGCCUUUAAAGCACAAAACUACAUCCAAGUUACCCAAGACCGACAUAUGGUUACACUAUUGUAAAUAAACCAACAUAGCCUACUCACCUGAAUUUUAAUGGGCUUAAAGUUAAUAUGGUGUGCUCACUAAAAAAAAGGAGGAAAAGUUAUAUAAACUUAUUUGCUGCCUUCUUAAUUACAUCACAACAUAUAACAAUAACUUCUUAUGAACCCAUACAUGUUUUAAACAUUUAGCUACCAGAAACAUUACUUUUAUUUUCUAUAGACUACAAACUACGUACAAUUAUUUUUUUAGCAAUGUUGUUGGCUUUUAAACCAAGAUAUACAAACGCAUUCUGAAAUGACUGAUUGUGAAUGUGCGGGGUUUUUUUGUGUGCAUUUGUUUCAUAUAAUAGCCAAUUGGAACAUAUUAAAUGCACUGUAUCAAGUCACAAGCAUGCGGGGGGAAAAUGGGGAAACUAUGUCAUUUGAUUGACACCUCCAGCGACCACUUAGAAUCUAGUAUGACCUCAUAAGCGCUCCUUAAAAUCCCUCCCCAUACACUAACCAAAUAGAUGGCAGGUCGUGUACUCACCAACACAAGCAGACCGCAGGAGGUAUCCGCACUUCAGGACAGUGGCAUGCUUGCGUGAAGACAGACUUGGCUAACUUCAGUUGAGCGGAGAUGCAGGACUAAACAUUAUCAAUACAAGUAACUUUCGGGAAAACUGGAAAAGGCGCAACUCAACGGAAAUCAGUGGACUUACCAAUCGCGAUUGAAAAGUAUAAGGUAAGAGAUGUAGCCUGUGCGCUUUUGGCAACUAAACAAAGUGUGAGAUAUGCUGUUUUUUACUGCUUAAUGCAUGAUUCUGUUUUAGACAAACGUACAACGGUGUUUAUUUAUAAAGACAAACAUUUAAAGCUAAAUCAGUUUUGACUUUUUAAAUGUCUAUUUCUUUUUAACAUUUUUAAUUUGUUGUCACAACGUAAUUAUGUGUCAUACAUUUAAAUACAUAUCGAGCAAGACGACUGAAUUCUAAAAGGAAUUGAUCAAACGUAAAGCAAUCACAAAGUAAUGUAGCCAGCUAGCCUUUACUGCGAAUCCACCUGCAGCUCAUUUUAUUUGUCCAGAACAUCUUCGCGUUGUUUUUUGUGCGUAAAUAUUCAAUAUUUUGUGAAGCAACACUUUGAUUCGGACAGCUUUAAAAGCUAAACCAGCCAUAACAAAAGUUUUUGCCGGGCACAUGAGUGUAUUCAGCAGCCAAUAUAUUCCUCGGCAGCACACAACGUGCCCGGAGGCCAUUGGCCUCGCAGCAGCAACAUUUAUCCAAUUUGGCCGCACUAACAGAUUGACACGAUAAAUCCACACCAAUUUACAUUAAGAUGCUAUCAUGAUUAGCCAGAGGCCAAUGGCAAUAUCCGCAACGAAUACAUUUCACAAGAGAGUAUUCUGGUUAAACAUACAGCCUCACCUCUUUGUUCUGUACGCAAGACACUGGGUUCCUCAUAGCAUUUAGCAGCUUGAUAAAAAAAGGUAAAACCUAUCAAGAAGUGUCAAGAGCACACACAGAAGCACACACACACACAGAGAGAGAGAAGCACACACACACACGUCCAUGUCAGGGCUGAUGAUAAAUUAAUGGCCUCGCAGUUGAAACCUAUUUGCACCUACAUUAGACGCCGACCCAACUGGGGAUCACCAUGCAUAUUUCACAGAAGAGUUCUCAUACAUCUCCGCCACUAUAAGCCUCGGGGCGGUGAAAUUGGGUGCCGCUAGAAAGAUUGAAAGAAACGGGUCCGAUUCGGCUCAAGUACUUGGGGAGCAAAGCAAAUGUUUAGCAAAGCACCUUCUGCUCAGGCGAAUUAAACUAUUCCCUUAUGGCCUUCCUAUGAUCACACCUGCAUUCUGUUAAGUAGGGACGGGCACACGCGCUCUGACAUUUUGCAGGAGCACUCAUGAUUCUGUUCAUAGGUAAAGUACUUAGAAGCACGUAUUAAACAUAUACAGCGUGUUUUUUUACUGGUUUUAUGAAGAAGAAAAAAGAAAUAAUCCAGAGUUCUGUUUCUUUUAAUCAAAGGGCUUUUUGGUGAAUUGUAUUGCACUGGGCAAAAGCAAUUUAACUUCAGGCACUGCUUGAAUUCCAGAACACAUCAAAAUACCAUAAGACUGAUGUAAAGUGUCGUGAUAAAUAGUAUACCUAACAUUUUAAUAGUCUAUAUUGUGACUUUCUCGUACAUUAUUUUAAAAAUAGUUGAAUUUAUAUUACAUUUGUUGUCAUUAUUAUUAGUGAUCCUUGUUGCAACAGAAAAAAACGCAGUUCUUGCUUUUUACUCUCAGAACCAAAGGCCAAGUUUUAACAAAAUGACCUGGACAAAACAGUAAAUAUUACAUCUAAAUGUGUCCACUGUCAUUUUUCCAGGCACAAAAUGCAAACCCAUGAAAUAUCUUAAUUUGACCAAUUACCUAUUGGAGAGUCACCCGGCUUUUGGGACAGGGUUGAAUUAAUUACCCCGUUUUCCUAACUUAAAGAAUAGAAGGCUCUCCGUGGAUAAAUUAACAUAGAAAUGGGAAUUAUACCCUGAAAGAGAGGGAUAUGUCAAGGAUGACAAUAAUUAGACAUACAUAGUUUAACCCCUAAUAUAAUACUUAAAAGUAAAAAAAAAAAAAAGGAAUAAUAGCCCAUACGAGAUGUUAUGGAUUAGUUUAUUAAUUCUACAAACAUAGAGCGCUGUAGGACAACUUGUAAUUCACAUAGAUAUAGCCUAAAUACACCAAUUUUGCCCUGAGCGGUUCCGGUUGGUUUGCGAGUGGAAAUUUAAAACGCUUCUGUAUCCUAAUACAUUCUUAAUCAUAUCCUGCAGCAAUAAGCUCUCUCUUCAAAGUUAUAUUCCCAUAGCGAUUGUAACUGGGGUUUAUGGGCUGUUAUGUACUAUAUUAUGUAGUAUAGCAAUACAAUUUAUAAUAUAAACAACACGGCAAGGGGCCUAAACAUGACUUUGUAUUUCGUCAGUGUCAAUUCAGUUCUACUUGGCCAAAGGUAUAUUACUACUAUUAUUAUUAUUAUAAUUAUAAUUAUAAUAGUAAUAAUAAUAAUAAUUCUAAUUAUUAUGUGCCGUGACUCCCUUUCCCUUACAGUAUCGUAUAAUCAAGCGAUACAUUCAGUAAAACAUUUUUUUUCAAAAAUCUUUGCCACAGAAUGUGCCAAUUUAUUCAAGUUAUGAAUAGUACAAAAACAGAUUGUCGGCCCGUACACUGACACAUUUUAAGAUGUAUCACAAAUUCAAUAAUGUAGAGCGGCCUUGUCUGACUACACCGCCUUUUGUCCAUUCAUAUUAAUUCUACCCAUUUAUAUUAAUUCUGUCCAUUCAUAUUAGAUUUUCUGUACAAUUAGGCACACAUCUACACAAUUAUUCACGAGACAUUUUUUUUAAACUUUUGUUUGUGAAGCAAUAAACUGGUGUAUAAAUUGUACUUCAUUUAACGCAGACUCAGAAAAAGAUUUCAGAUUAAGUUUGUUUUUAAACGCUAGUUUGUUUGUGUUGUCUGCGCUGCCAUAGCCUACGUAUGGACACCAGUCUGAGGCCAAUGAAAUGUGACGUAGCAUUGUUUUCCCACUCCACAGUUCAUCGUGACCAGCGACCAUGCAGCAUUACGGCGUGAACGGCUACUCUCUCCACGCCAUGAACUCGCUGAGUGCCAUGUACAACCUUCACCAGCAGGCCGCGCAGCAGGCGCAGCACGCGCCCGACUACCGGCCCUCGGUGCACGCGCUCACGCUCGCUGAGAGGCUAGCUGACAUCAUCCUGGAGGCCCGAUAUGGCUCCCAGCACAGAAAGCAGCGGCGCAGUCGCACUGCCUUCACUGCCCAGCAGCUGGAGGCCCUGGAAAAGACCUUCCAGAAGACCCACUACCCUGAUGUGGUGAUGCGCGAGCGUCUGGCCAUGUGUACGAACCUGCCUGAGGCUCGUGUGCAGGUGUGGUUUAAGAACCGCCGUGCCAAGUUCCGCAAGAAGCAGCGCAGCCUUCAGAAGGAGCAGCUUCAGAAGCAGAAGGAGGCAUCAGGCGAGGGACCGUCGGAGGACGGCAAGGGGGAGCCUCCCUCUACCGCCACCACUGCCACCGCCACCGCCACCGCCACCACCUCACACACCGAGUCCCACACCCCACCUCCCCUCUCCUGCACCUCCUCCGUCUCCGAGGCUGAGCAGUCGGCGCGGCCCCAGACGUCUGAGCUCAGCGUGGAGGUGAACGUCACCUCCCCCGAGCAGUCAGGGAGCGAGUCGGCAGCGGAGGACAACAUCGACCGGGAGGAGGAGCUCAAGUCUUUCAGGGAGGAGCCUAAAGGGGAGGUGAUCCCGCUGCCUGGCAACAGGUCCCCCUCCUGUAAACACCUCAGCCCCAAAUCAGACUCCCCACUCGGCUCUCCUGCCAUCCCCUCCUCCAGCGGAGUCAGCAGUGGGCUCCCCCAGAGCAACUCGUAUGCCUCCUCCCCCCUGAGCCUCUUCCGCCUGCAGGAGCAGUUCCGCCAGCACAUGGCCGCCACCAACAACAUGGUGCACUACCCCUCCUUCGACAUGGGCACCCCACCCUCCUUACCCUACCUGGGCAUGAAUGUCAACAUGGCGGCGCCGCUGGGCUCCCUCCCCUGCCAGUCCUACUACCAGUCCCUCUCCCAGGCUCAGCAGGUCUGGAACAACCCCCUCCUGCAAGCGUCCGGAUCUCUCCCCAGCCUUAACAGCAAGACCACCAGCAUCGAGAACCUGCGCCUCAGGGCCAAGCAGCACGCCGCCUCCCUGGGGCUGGACACCCUGCCGAACUGACUCCAGCGGGAGGGGGGGCCCCUGCCCCCGCCUCGCCCCCUGCCUCUGCAGCCAGAGGCAGCUUCAUGAUCACCUCAUUUCUGGAACCGAACACUCCCUGUCUCUGACCGCAGGGCAGCCGCAUGGUGAUCCAGGAUCUAC